UAGUAGAGAAGAUGGCUUUGGCAAUAUCGGAUGAGUUGCUGGGAACUUUUGUUCCGAUCGUUGUUUAUUGGAUUUAUUCGGGUAUGUACGUGGCUUUUGGGUCGUUCGAGAAUUAUAGAUUGCAUUCAAAGAAAGAGGAGGAAAAGAAGAAUUUGGUGUCCAAAUGGGAAGUCAUCAAAAAUGUUCUUUUGCAACAAACCAUUCAGGCUUUUCUGGCCAUCAUUUUGUAUAAGGUGAUAGGAAACGAUGCUGCGGCUUCCCAAAGUCAAUCAUCUUCCCCUUUUAUUAUUGCAAGACAAUUUGUUAUAGCAAUGUUAGUUUUGGAUACUUGGCAGUAUUUUAUGCAUAGAUAUUUCCACCACAACAAGUUCUUAUACCGACGCUUUCAUUCUCAUCACCACAAGCUUGUUGUUCCCUACGCAUUUGGAGCUAUCUACAAUCACCCAUUGGAGGCUUUUGUCUUUGACAUAAUUGGUGGAACCUUAUCCUAUAUCCUCUCUGGCAUGUCUCCUCGAACUUCAAUAUUUUUCUUCUCUUUUGCCACCAUUAAAUCAGUUGAUGACCAUUGCGGGUUAUGGCUUCCUGGAAACUUCUUCCACUUUUUCUUUAAUAACAAUUCGGCAUACCACGACGUCCAUCAUAAUUUAUAUGGAGGCAAAUAUAACUUUUCUCAACCAUUCUUCGUUAUGUGGGAUAGAAUUAUGGGAACUUAUAUGCCUUAUUCACUUGAGAAGAGAGACGAAGGAGGCUUUCAAGCUAGGCCUAUUAAAAGAGGAAAAGAAUGA